AUGGGAGGUUUAGGCGGUGGUCUUAGAAUGAUCGAUUGGGCGUCACAAAAGCUCGAGCGUUUUGAGAAGAAUUUCUAUGUCGAGGACAAGCGUGUUUCAGCUAUGACUGAAAGAGAGGUGGAAGACUUUCGGAAAACCAAAGAAAUCAAGGUCCAAGGACGAAGUGUUCCCAGACCUGUCACAUCUUUUGAUGAGGCAGGGUUUCCUGAAUACAUCUUGGCGUCGAUUCGUGCACAAGGCUUUGCCGCGCCAACUCCCAUUCAAUGUCAAGCAUGGCCUAUGGCACUGAGUGGCAGAGAUGUGGUUGCGAUCGCUCAAACAGGGAGUGGGAAAACGAUUUCUUUCGCUCUACCCGCCAUGCUUCAUAUCAAUGCUCAACCUCUACUUGCGCCCGGCGACGGUCCGAUCGCACUUGUCCUUGCGCCCACCCGUGAGCUUGCUGUACAAAUUCAGCAGGAGUGCACGAAGUUUGGGUCGAGCUCUCGCAUCCGUAACACUGCCAUUUACGGUGGCGCUCCCAAGGGUCCCCAAAUUCGUGACCUGCAACGUGGCGUCGAGGUCGUGAUCGCCACUCCUGGACGACUCAUCGAUAUGUUGGAGACAUCAAAAACCAAUCUUCGUCGUGUCACGUAUUUAGUCAUGGAUGAGGCCGAUCGCAUGUUGGAUAUGGGUUUCGAGCCCCAGAUACGCAAGAUUGUAUCUCAGAUUCGCCCUGAUCGUCAGACACUGAUGUUUAGUGCUACAUGGCCGAAGGAUGUGCAGAAACUCGCAAAUGACUUCCUGAAAGACAUGAUUCAGGUUAACAUCGGGUCUAUGGAACUCACUGCCAACCACAACAUCCAGCAGAUUGUCGAAGUCUGCAGUGACUUCGAGAAGCGUGCCAAGCUGAUCAGACAUCUUGAUCAGAUCAGCUCUGAGAAUGCUAAGGUACUCAUAUUUGUCGGGACGAAACGCGUUGCGGACGAUAUCACCAAAUACCUUCGUCAAGACGGCUGGCCAGCUCUUGCCAUCCAUGGUGACAAAGAACAGCGGGAACGUGAUUGGGUUCUCGGGGAAUUCAAGGCGGGUCGCUCACCCAUAUUGAUCGCCACGGACGUUGCGUCCCGUGGUUUAGAUGUCAAGGAUGUCGGAUAUGUGAUUAACUACGACUUCCCUAACAACUGCGAAGAUUAUAUCCAUCGCAUUGGUCGCACGGGACGUGCCGGUAUGAAGGGUACCUCAUACACGUACUUCACCACCGAUAACUCGAAGUCUGCUCGCGAGUUGAUAUCCAUCUUGCGUGAGGCGAAGGCCGAUGUUCCACAACAGCUGGAGGAAAUGGCCAUGUACAGUGGAGGAGGGGGAGGCCGCAGUCGUUAUGGCGGCGGGGGUCGCGGUCGUGGAGGCGGUGGAGGCGGAAGAUACGGUGGCGGCGGUGGGGGAGGAGGUGGCCACGGCGAAUAUGGUGGUGCCAGAGAUCGGUGGUAG